ACUUGCGCUAUUGGUCGGAUCAUGUCCGUGCGCUUGGUGAGGACUGAAACGCGGCGUGCGGAUGGCUGUUUCUUAGAUUUCGUCUCCGCUCCCCGCUUUAUUUUAAUAGAUGCCGCUGUUUGAUCCAGUUCUCCCCUGCGCUUUCUUUUCGCCGGUGCCAUGAUUGGACCAGAGACCUCGUCAUCUUAUCAAGAGCUAAAUGAAGAUAUGGAGUGUGCACCUGCAAAUGCUGAACCAACAGAUGAACUCUUAGAUGAAGAGGAUCAGGAAGAUACCAGUUCAACAAUCCUUCCAGUCCUAGAUGGUAGCAGCCCUUCAGUGCGUUUCAGCAAGUCCUGCCUGAAAAAUGUCUUCUCUGUAAUACUUCUCUUCAUAUAUUUGGUGCUCAUGGCAGUGGCCAUUUUUUUGGCUUAUCAAACCAUUGCUGACUUUAGGGAAAAACUCAAGCAUCCAGUGAUGUCCGUCUCACUCAAGGAAGUGCCCUCUUACGAUGCUCCUGGUAUUGCCCUCUAUCCAGGCAAGGCUGAACUGCUAUCCUGCAAGCAUCAUUAUUAUGAUUACAUUCCACCUCUGGUCAACCCAGGCCAGCCAGGGAAAAUUGAAUGCAUUACCCAGAGAAUCAACUACACAGAUCCGUUUACUAAUGCAACCAAGAAACAUGCUGUGAUUGUCAAAGGACCCCAAGAUGUGAAGAAACGGGAAUUGGUCUUCAUGCAGUUUCAUCUGAAUGAGACUGAUCAGGAUUUCAGUGCAAUAGAUUAUCUUCUUUUUUCUUCAUUUCAAGAUUUUCUCCACAGUCCAAACAAGUCGGAAUUUAUGAAGGUGUGUGAGAGCUCCUAUUCCAGUUGGAAAUUCUCUGGAGGUUUCCGAACUUGGGUCAAAAUGUCUUUGGUGAAAACUAAAGAAGAAAAUGGUUUGAUGGCAGUCGAAUUUAGGCAGGAGAUUAGCGUGGUUAACUACAUUGAACGGAGGAUAAAAGCUGAUACUGACCAGCUAUUUUUUGUGGUGUUUGAAUGGAAAGAUCCUUUUAUUCAGGAAGUUCAAGAUAUUGUCACUGCAAAUCCUUGGAACAUGAUUGCUCUUUUAUGUGGUAUAUUCCUGGCUUUGUUUAAAGCAGCCGAUUUUGCCAAACUGAGUGUGAAAUGGAUGAUAAAAAUCCGAAAACGGCAUCUCAAGAGAAAAACUCAAGCCUUGAACCAUAUAAGUUGAAAACAAUGUGCUUCACAGAUUUCUGUUUCACUGAGAAGUUCAACUAGGACGAUUAAACCAAUACAACUUCUGUCUUCUGUCUUACACAAGAAAACUGCAUUGAUGGAAGGACAAAUUGCUUUGGUGGACUGAACUUAAUAUUUGGAAUUUUUAGAAAAUGAUUUGACUCUUUAUAAAUCCGCAGUCUUUUCUAAAUAUAUGGUUUCUUUUACAAACUGUUACUUAGUGGUAAGAAUAUUCCUGAAAAAAAAAUAACUUCCUGUAAAAAAGAAACAAUUUGUAUGAAUGAAGUAGGGUUGUUGUUGUUGUUUUUUUUAAAAAAUGGGAAUUUAAAAUAUAGUGUCCACCAGUAAUAGGUUUAGUUAAUCUGUCCCCAAAUGUUGAGUCCAAUCACUAAUCAACUCAGGGACAAAGACAUUUGCUUCAAAGCCUUUAACUGAAUAUGCUGCCAAUCAGAGGGAACAGCGCUUUAUUGGAUUCUGAUUGAGCAUUAUGUAUCACUUACAUUCCAGCUGUUGCUCUGACAAACACACUCCAAGGGAUGAAACAUAUUGUUAAAGCUUUAUGCACUGACUGUAUAUUGAACAUACCACCGAUUAACAACUAACCCCAAAAGUAUGACUAGAGAGAUUGAUCAAUAUUGGUUGGCUGGAGGACAUAACAGUUUGAUUUCUUACCCUUUCUAUCUGAAACAAUACAUUCUCUAUUGGAUUUCAGCUCUUUUGUGUGUUGGACUUUUAGUUACAAAAGUAGAUACAAUCUUUUUUAUAAAAAGGACAGUUGAUAUCUGAUAACUACUAUGGAAGCAUUGUGAUGAUUAGAAGAGUCGUGGUGGCCCAGUGGUUAGAAUGCAGUAUUGCAGGC